AUGCCAGAUAGCUUACCAAUCAUAGAUCCCCUCCCCUACCUCCCUCCCUCUUCACUCUUACCGCAUCUGAACCCCUUAUCCCCCUCUGACCUCCAACCAAGCAGAGAAGCUACCGCCAGGAGCAUUCACGCAGCAUGUAGAGAUAUAGGGUUCUUAUAUCUGAAGGUCGACUCCUACCUGUUGAAAGAAGAGAUGAAAGAGGUUUUGGAACUGGGUAGGGAGUUCUUCCAUCGACCGAGGGAGGAGAAGGAAAGUAUAGGCUUGGAGAAAAGUGAUGGCGUGAGAGGAUACCAAAAACUGCAUCAGAAUAUAACAAAAGGUAAAGUCGAUCAUCACGAGGGACUAGACCUCUAUGCUCCUUCCCCAUACACCAAAUCUACCCAGGAUAACGAUGAUCCAAAAUCAAAUGGAAAUGGUGAAAGAAACUUCAAACCCCUAGAUGGACCUAAUCAAUGGCCUAGUCAACCGGAAUCGUUCAAACCGAAAUUGGAACAGUGGAUAGAGAAGAUGAAAGUCCUUGGAUGGGCUGUGAUGCACGCAAUGGCCGAUGGACUGGGUAUGACCUCGGAGGAAUGGGAUGAAUUAGGAGGGAUGGUAGAUGAUAGUUUCUGGGUAAUGAGGGUCAUCGGAUAUCCCCCUUUACCUAAUGGCGCAGAUGGUAUCUCAUGUGGUGAACACAAAGAUUAUGGUUGUUUGACUCUCCUGCACGCCGAUCCAAUCCCAUCCUCUCUCCAAGUCCUCUCAAGAUCAAAUCAGUGGAUCAACGCCGACCCCAUCGAAGGGUGUAUAAUCGUGAACAUAGGCGAGAUGUGGGAAAUCUGGACAGGAGGAAUGUACCCAUCGACUCUACAUCGGGUUAUACAUAAAUCACCCACAUACAGGGUAUCCAUCCCAUUCUUCUACGAGCCCAACUUCAAUGCUAGAGUGAAAUUGCUGGAAGCUGCUGAGCGGAAAGCCAAGGAGGAAGGUAUAGAAGUGGAAGAGAAGGAUGAAGUGGUUUAUGGGGAUUUCUUGUUGGGUAAAGUUAGUGGGAAUUUCAAGUAUUGA